UGUAUACAUGUAUGUCUGGUGUAUAUGUCGAUUGAUACCCUGAAUGUAGGAGUUUUAGACACACAUGUUACUAUUGUCGUCUAUGUGAUUUGGUUUGGUGGUAUUCAUCCUAAUGCGCAGAUACCCCAAAUAGAUUAUCAGUGUCUCCCCACCCCCAUCCCCGACUCUACUCCAGUGUGGAUACGACUCUACUCCAGUGUGGAUACGACUCUACUCCAGUGUGGAUACGACUCUACUCCAGCGUGGAUACGACCCUACUCCAGUGUGGAUACGACUCUACUCCAGUGUGGAUACGACUCUACUCCAGCGUGGAUACGACUCUACUCCAGCGUGGAUACGACUCUACUCCAGUGUGGAUACGACUCUACUCCAGCGUGGAUACGUGCUUAG